CAUUCAAAAAAUUGGUGGCUUUGCUUCAGCAACUUCCACAACCUUACAACUGAUUCUUUUUCAAUCCCUUACUGCUGUUUAUUCUCUCUCUCUCUCUCUCUGUGAACCUUUCUCUUUGGUACUUGCUGGUUCUUGACUGCUUCUUUUUUCAGUUAUUUUCUUUCCAAACGAGGUCAUUUGGACCCUAAAAGGCUUUGCUUAUCGAAGGUGUUAAUUAUCAUGGUCCAAUCAUGGUGAUGCUGUACGCUUCGGGAGCCAUAACAUCGCAUGAAGCAUCUCCGUGCAAGAUUAGCCAUGUGAAUCCCUUGGUUAAUAUCACUUCAGUCUGUCCCAGCGUAUUAAGAAACCCAUGUAAUAAUGUCAUUCAUAAUUCCUCAUUUUCCUGGAAACACCGUGAUCAACUUAAGACCCAUCAUUUAUUACACCAUGUAGCUCCAAAGAGAUGGCUGUGCCGGUUGCACGAAUCAAUUUCAGCCGAUGAUGAUGAAUACCGAUCAUCACGCAACAUAGCAAUCAGUCUGUUUAAGCGAUACAAGAAUGCUGUUGACCGGGGAGGCGGUGACAACCUAAAACAGGAGUUCAUCAGUGCUGGAGUGAAUGCGUAUGCACUGGGCUGUACUGAUGAAGGAUUAAGGAAGGAACUUAAUGAUAUGAAGGAAUCUGGUGUCGAAAUUGAAUCGAUGCAAAGUUAUGGUGGAAUCACUAGUUUGAAAUCCAAGAUUAUCUCGGAAGAGGUUGAUGAGUGCAUUCUGUGGCUAAGUAUCAUAUUCAUCACCAUCUUGUGUACACCACAACCAACUAUUGUUAGAUGGUCAUCUACGCCUCCAGUGUCAGAUGAAGUGAGGCUUCAGUGGAAAGGCUUUUGUGCUGUUAUAGCAAAUGCAUACUUUAUGAGAGGAAUGGCAUGGCUUCCGGUAAAGACUCUUCAACUAGAACAAAUGGCAGUAGUUGGGCGAGCUGAGGAGCCAUCGGUCGUUGCUAGCCGAAUGCGAUUAGUGUUUAGCACACUUGAGGUGGUGAGUCCACAGUGGCCUAGAGUAUAGUUCAACAUAAUUUGCGAAAUUUCCCAUUUUCCUUGGAGCCGAAGUCAUGCUUCUAAUUCGAUUUGAAAUUAUAAGUUAGCGAAUCGUAAUGGUCUGUCCAAAAAGAAAAGUGCAGCAUUGCUUUCACAAGUUGAAAUAAAUUCUCCAUGUAUACUUUUUCCCUGAAAAUAUUGCAUGUACUGCUGAUUUUCUUA